AUGAGGACCCAGGAGGGGAGCGCACGGCAGAAAAGGCAAGUGCUGCUUUUCUUUGUUUUCCUGGGAGGGUCCUUAGUGGAUGCUGAGACCCGGCGCUAUUCAGUGGCGGAAGAAAUGGAGAUUGGCUCCUUUAUGGGCAAUGUGGUGGAAGAUAUGGGAUGGAAUGUGGACGACUUGGCUGCUCGGGGGCCCAGAGUGAUCUUUGAUGACUAUAUGCCCCAUUUGCGGUUGGAUCCACAGACGGGCAACUUGUUCAUAAACGAGCGCCUGGACCGAGAGGCACUUUGCGAUCUCGCUGAGCCGUGUGUAUUGCAUUUCCAAGUGUUAUUUGAGAAUCCUUUGGAAUUUUUUCGGGCUGAGCUUUGGGUCAAAGACAUAAAUGAUCACACUCCUACAUUCAUAGAUAAGCAUAUACUCCUGAAAAUUCCAGAAAAUACCAUCCCAGGAACUUCAUUUCAAAUCGAUAAUGCUCAGGACUCGGAUGUAGGAAAGAAUGGCAUCCAAAACUACACAAUCGGUUCCAAUCCUUAUUUCCGCCUUAGAUUACAAAACAGUGGUGAGGGCAGAAAACUCCCAGAACUCGUGUUGGACCAGGCUCUGGACAGAGAACAGGAGCCUGAGCUGAGGUUCACCCUCACCGCGUUGGACGGUGGAGCUCCGCCCAGGUCUGGGUCCACACUGAUUCGUAUUGUGAUCCUGGACGUCAAUGACAACAUCCCCCAGUUCGAGAAGCCGGUCUAUGAGGUCCAGGUGCCAGAAAACAGUCCUCUGGAUUCCUUGGUCAUCGCUGUAUCGGCUAUAGAUUUAGAUGUAGGAACAAACGGAGAACUCACUUACUCAUUUUCCCAAGCCUCUAGAGAUGUACGAAAAACAUUUGACAUUCAUCCAAUUUCAGGUGAAGUUCACUUAAAAGCACUUCUGGAUUUCGAGUUAGUGCAAUCUUACACAAUAAAUAUUCAAGCCAUUGACGGUGGAGGCCUUUCUGGAAAAUCAGCCAUUCUAGUUCGGGUUGUUGAUGUGAACGACAACCCACCGGAAAUAAUCAUGACAUCUCUAACUAGUCCCAUACCCGAAAACUCCCCUCCUGAGACCGUGGUCGCGGUUUUCCGAGUAAGAGACAAAGACACUGGGGACAAUGGGAGUAUGGUUUGCUCAAUUCAGGACAAUCAUCCCUUUCUCUUGAAGCCUACCUUCAAGAACUUCUACACCCUAGUAACAGAGCGUCCACUGGACAGAGAGAUCAGUACAGACUACAACAUCACCAUCACCGUCAGUGACUUGGGCACCCCCAGGCUGAAAACCGAGCACAAGAUAACCGUGCUGGUCUCCGACGUGAAUGACAACGCGCCCACCUUCUCCCAAGCCUCCUAUACCCUGUUCAUCCGCGAGAACAACAGCCCCGCCCUGCACAUGGGCACCAUCAGCGCCACAGACAGAGACUCAGGAGCCAAUGGCCAGGUCACCUACUCGCUGCUGCCGCCCCACGACCCGCACCUGGCCCUGGCCUCCCUGGUGUCCAUCAACGCGGACAAUGGCCAUCUGUUCGCGGUGAGGUCGCUGGACUACGAGGCCCUGCGAGCCUUCGAGUUCCGCGUGGGCGCCACGGACGCGGGCUCCCCCGCGCUGAGCAGCGAGGCGCUGGUGCGCGUGGUGGUCAUGGACGACAAUGACAACGCGCCCUUCGUGCUCAAUGGGGAGCCGCCCCUGUCUGUCACCGUCACGCUGCACGUGCUCCUGGUGGAUGGCUUCUCUCAGCCCUACCUGCCUCUGCCUGAGGUGGCCCCUGAGGAGCCGCAAGCUGACUCCCUCACUGUCUACUUGGUCAUCGCACUGGCCUCGGUCUCCUCGCUCUUCCUCUUCUCUGUGGUCCUUUUUGUCACCCUGAGGCUGUGCAGGAGGAGCCGGGCAUCUUCGGUGAAUCGCUUCUCAGUACCUCAAGGUCACUUUCCCGGCCACUUGGUGGACUUGAGCGCCACCAGAACUCUGUCUCAGAGCUACCAAUAUGAGGUGUGUCUGACGGGAGGUUCUGGGACAAAUGAAUUCAAGUUCUUGAAGCCAAUUAUUCCCAACCUUGAACCCCAGGACACUGAAAGGGAAAUGGAGGAAAGAUCUACUUUUCUUAACGGCUUAGGGUUCAGUUAG